UGUGGGGAGCUCUUCUACGACUGGUCCACAUUUUGUGUUAUGUAGUGUCUCAGAGGCAGAACUGGCACCAUGGCCACGGAGAAUCAACACUUAGGGGUCUGUGGAAACGGACGAGGCGGCUGUUCUCAUUGAGUUUCUCUCAGUUUUCGCGGCGCAGGAUUAAAGCUCCCCGAGGCUGCACUUACUACACCAGCGGAAGGCAUUGUCUAUGCGUGCGUGGCGGCUGUUGUUGUCGGCAGCAGCAGUGUCUGGCUAGCUCAGACACACAUCUCCAGCCUCGUUAGCAAGUUAGCAGAGCCAACAUUGUGUGCUUACAUCGACGCUAAGCUAGCAGGGUUGCUAGCUUGGCCGGUUCGUGUUGUGGGAGCUGGUGUUGUAGGUGAUGUUGUCCGUGCUGUCGUACGGUAGACUGGUUGCCAGAGCUGUCAUCGGCGGACUUUCUCAAACAGACAGCCGCGACUACAGCCUGGUGACAGCGAGCUGCGGCUUCGGCAAAGAUUUCCGUAAAGGCAUCCUGAAGAAAGGGAUGUGCUAUGGGGACGACGCGUGCUUCAUUGCCCGGCACAGAUCCGCCGAUGUUUUGGGUGUGGCAGAUGGAGUGGGUGGCUGGCGAGACUAUGGCGUAGACCCGUCACAGUUUUCAGGUACACUGAUGAAGACAUGCGAGAGGCUGGUGAAAGAAGGACGCUUCAUUCCCAGCAACCCUGUGGGGGUCCUCACGACCAGCUACUACGAGUUGCUCCAGAACAAAGUGCCACUACUGGGUAGCAGCACAGCCUGCAUUGUGGUUUUGGACCGGCAGAGUCACCGGUUGCACACAGCCAACUUGGGAGACUCGGGCUUCCUGGUGGUCCGGGGAGGGGAGGUGGUCCACCGCUCAGACGAGCAGCAGCACUACUUCAACACGCCCUUCCAGCUGUCCAUCGCUCCCCCGGGGGCUGAAGGGGCCGUCCUCAGUGACAGCCCUGACGCUGCAGAGAGCUCUUCCUUCGACGUCCAGCUGGGUGACAUCAUCCUCACCGCCACUGAUGGGCUCUUCGACAACAUGCCUGACUACAUGAUCCUGCAAGAGCUGAAGAAGCUCAAGAACACAAAUUAUGAGAGCAUCCAGCAGACUGCCCGCAGCAUCGCAGAGCAGGCCCAUGUACUGGCAUAUGACCCCAAUUACAUGUCGCCUUUUGCACAGUUUGCCUGUGACAACGGACUGAAUGUAAGAGGAGGAAAGCCAGAUGACAUCACAGUGCUGUUGUCCAUAGUGGCAGAGUACACCGACUAGAGUCUGUGUGGAGCUCGGACAGGGGGGCAUCUGCUUCUGCAGGUGAUGGACUGCUUUGAUUCCUGCUGGCCAGGAUGAAGGACUAAUGUCAGAUGUUCCCCCCUCGCAUUUCGCCGGUUCUAGUCUGCCGCAACCGCCAGCUGACCAUCACCCCGUUUUCCCCUCCAAAAAUCUCCUACAUGCCCACGUCUCCGUGAUCAUGUACAUCUGAGAGUUGCUGAAUUAAGAGCAGAGGAGGAGGCCUGACACAUCCUCUUGGCCAGGCUGCAGUGUUGGCAUCUUUGCAGUGUUCCAGUGCUCAGUGGAUAAUCCCAUUGCCCGGGAUAAGCAGUCAUUGGGCAUGUUGGAGAUGAGGAUAAGUCAUCUUUCUCUGAUGGGUGGUUCAGGCAGGGAGGAAGUUGAGUUUCCAAAAUGGGGGCAGAUGUAGCCAGACAGACAGGAGGUGUUAGACUGUUAAAGUGGCCCACCGCUGGGCCGCCGGAAGGGAAAGAUACAGUCCUCCAGUAGUGUCAAGAAGGGAAGUGCUCAGGAAAUGGCAGCAUUAGGGCUUAAUAAAUGCCCUACCUUGUGAGAGCGCAUGUUCGUCAAAGGGCCUGGAAGCUUGUGCGUGGCUGCAUGGAGCAUAUGUUAGAUAAUAAGACAUGACUGGUGUGCUGUUCUGGGAUGUGGGAAGAAAAAGGAGUGUAUGUGACAUGUGUACAUCUGUGGUUAGUUUCUUGGGGCAGUUUGAUCCAAUAUGAUGUCAUAAAGAAAAGCGGCAGCUGCCUUUUCCAUACCAGUGCAAUUCACUGCACAUUUGUUACUUCAUGGGCGAAUUUUUCAGUUCAAACACUUCGAGAUACUGUGUCAAACCAAUGCCCACCCUUUAAUCUCACAGCUGCUGCUAGUCUUGAUUUUUUUUGUGUGUGUGUGUGUGUGUGUGUGAGAGUGAGAGAGAGAGUUUGGUUGAAUGCACUAAUGUGCUUGUCAGUGUGUCUAUUGAUUAUGUGUAGUCAGUGUGUAUGAAACGGAUGUGAAGGCUACUUCUCCAUAUCCACUGGGCUGAUUUGGUCUUUGCAGCCUUAAACGCACAAGCUUAAGAAGCAUAUCUGAAAAAGCUCAACACAGUGGAUGUUGGUCAGAUGACCAAAUGUAUUUUUGUAACUUCUUUGUUCAGUGGGAUUGUUGAAUUCUUUGGAUUAAUCACCGCAUCAGAGUAGCUUUAGAAACUGGUGUUCACAAUCAGCGUUUCCUUUUCUUCUCUCUCCUUCUGCUGUAGAGCUCCAGCAGUACAUUCAUCAGUCAGGUCGCUGCAGGUUUCAAGUGAAAAAUAGUCAUUGUGUUUCCAUUACAUCACUUCAGAUUUGCACUCUGCAUUUACUUUUACCCACAGUUAAAAAUAUUUCUUCCUAAGAUCCAUAUUUAGGGUGAUGUUAUGAUGAUGUGCCUUGUAUCAGGUGUUGUUGAUACUGGCAGAAAUGUCCACAAUUCCUUAAAUGCCCGACUGUGAGUCAGGUGUUGAGCACAAUGCCUGAAACUGUUAAGUAGCCAUAAGAGACAGAAAAGCUUUCCCAUCAUGCCUUGCUGUCUUAACACUAGGUACUCAUCUACAGCAUGUUGAACCUUUUUUCUCCUGAAAUCUGCUUCUCUGCACUCAGUCAGGAGCUUAGGAAUAGUGAUAAAGCCAUCCCACCCUGCGGGUCUUCAGAUCACUGUUUACAAUCUGCACUGUUGAACGGACUGUUUCCCUACUUAAUCUGACAAGUUCACACUGGAGCGCUGCAGUGUCAGGUGUCAUUCUGAAAUGGGGCUGAUGGGCAUGGAAGAGCAGAUUUAAGGCAGAGCGAGCAGUGAAUGGUCAAAAUGUGUUUGAAGUAUUACAGCACUGAGGACAAUCUAAACAGCCUUAACAAUGUUACAAAGCAAUUCUCCCAGUCACAUGGUGAUAACCACUGUUAGCUUUGUGGUUCCUGACUCACACCUGCCCUGACACUCUUCCCUGUCAUCUCCCAUCAACUUCAUCUUCCUCUACUUUGUUACAACCACAUUGUGUGUGUGUGUGUGUGUGUGUGUAUGUGUAUGUGUAUGUAUACACACACACACACACACACACAUACAUAUA